AUGCUACCGCGGCAUCAUGGCAAUGGCUAUCUAGGAGCUAGGGAGAAGGAGAAGACCUUGUACUCGAUAUCCCCCCAUAAAUUCCAACCAAGAUCAACCCCGUCGUCACUACGACGGAGGCGACAACUCUUCUUCCGACUGGGAAUCGGUUUAGCAGGCAUCUUGUUCCUGUGGUUCGUUUGGCCAGGUGCCUCAUUAUUUUCGAUAUUUUCGAUAGGCUUCCUAUCUUCCGGGGAAGAUUUCCAGCUGGAGACAGUGCGGUAUUAUGAUCUAAGUAAUGUUCAGGGAAGCCCAAGGGGCUGGGAGAGGGAGGAACGAAUCUUGCUUUGUGCGCCCCUUCGCGAUGCCGAACCCCAUUUGCCGAUGUUCUUUUCCCACCUCCACAACUUUACCUAUCCACAUCACCUCAUAGACCUGGCCUUCUUGGUCUCGGACUCGAAAGACCAAACAUUAGAGCUUCUAUCUAAGCUAUCGGAGGAGCUUCAAGCACACGAAGAUCCGAACAUGCCCUUUGGAGAGAUUUCGAUCAUCGAGAAAGAUUUUGGCCAGAAGGUCAAUCAAGAUGUCGAGAGUCGCCACGGGUUCGCAGCUCAAGCUAGCAGAAGGAAGUUGAUGGCUCAGGCAAGAAACUGGCUGCUGAGUGCUGCCCUCCGUCCAUAUCACAGCUGGGUAUAUUGGAGAGAUGUGGAUGUGGAGACUGCUCCGUUUACCAUUCUGGAGGACCUCAUGCGUCACAACAAGGACGUGAUUGUACCAAAUGUCUGGCGUCCACUUCCCGAUUGGCUUGGAGGCGAGCAGCCCUAUGAUCUGAACUCCUGGCAGGAAUCGGAAACAGCCCUGGCAUUGGCCGAUACUCUCGACGAGGAUGCUGUCAUUGUGGAAGGAUAUGCAGAAUACGCGACCUGGCGACCCCAUCUUGCAUACCUCCGAGAUCCAUAUGGAGACCCCGAUAUGGAAAUGGACAUUGAUGGUGUUGGAGGUGUCAGUAUUCUGGCCAAAGCAAAGGUCUUCAGAGCCGGCGUCCAUUUCCCAGCAUUCAGCUUCCAAAAGCAUGCUGAGACUGAAGGAUUUGGCAAGAUGGCCAAACGCUUAGAUUUCUCCGUGGUUGGUUUGCCGCAUUAUACAAUUUGGCAUUUGUACGAGCCAAGUGUUGACGAUAUCCGCCAUAUGGAGGAAAUGGAGCAAGAACGCCAAGCCCGUGAGAAAGAGGAGCUGGAGCGCGUUGAACGCGCCAAAAAGAUCAAGGAUCAAUUUGCGGACCCAAACCCUCAAUGGGAGAAGGAUAAGGCAGAUAUUCAGAACCAAGCUAUGAAAGAGAAGAAAGGAAAGGAGCAAGGGCAGACUGCACUUGCUGAGGAUGAGGAACCAGUUGCGAAACCAGUAGUGAAGGGCAGCUCUGAAGGAAAGACGGGUGCGAAGGUAGAGGCGAAAGCUGCCAAAGCCAAAGCCCAAUAA